AUGCAUCUUUGCUGGCCUAUUUGCAUCAAAACUUAUGUAAAUACAUCUAUCUAUCUAUCUAUCUAUCUAUCUAUCUACCUAUCUAUCUAUCUAUCUCAUUUUGAUAUCUAUCUAUCUAUCUAUCUAUCUCAUUUUUAUAUCUAUCUAUCUAUCUAUCUAUCUAAAAAUUCCAGUCUUUAUCAUUUACCUAACACUUUUCUGAUAUAUACAAAUUUAUGUCCGAUUUUCCUAUCUAUCUAUCUGUUCUUUUACUUGUUCGAGUUUUUAGGCCAUUUGAUCUCAGAUCCUUAUCUAUCUAUCUAUCUAUCUAUCUAUCCUAUCUAUCUAUCUAUUUAUCUAUCUAUCUAUCUAUCUGUCUCUUUUUUCUUUUACUUUGAGAUUUUAGGCCUUUUUUAUCUCAGAUCCUUAUCUAUCUAUCUAUCUAUCUAUUUAUCUAUCUACAUCUAUCUUUUUUUCUCUAGAGGAUUUUUUACUUGUUCGAGAUUUACCACUUUUGAUCUCAGAUCCUUAUCUUAUCUAUCUAUCUAUCUAUCUAUCUAUCUAUUCAAUGCCCGUUGCAAUAAAACACCACAUGCAGAUAUCUAUCCGUCGAGGUAG